AUGGAGAACAUUUUGUCAGUUUCCAAUAUGCAAGACCCUUCUUCACCCUUGGAAAAGCCUCACAGCUCAGCAAAUGGUAACGGAGAUCUUGAUUCAGAAGAUGGCUCAAGCUUGGAGGAGAUCGGUUUCAAUUGGGGAGAAUAUUUGGAAGAAACAGGUGCAAAUGCAGCUCCUCACACAUCUUUCAAACAUGUUGAAAUCAGCAUUCAGAGCAACUUCCAGCCAGGAAUGAAACUGGAGGUAGCCAAUAAGAACAACCCGGACACAUACUGGGUGGCCACCAUCAUCACAACGUGUGGACAGCUGCUGCUUCUUCGCUACUGUGGUUAUGGAGAGGAUCGUAGGGCUGACUUCUGGUGUGACGUGGUGAUAGCAGAUCUCCACCCUGUGGGGUGGUGCACACAGAACAACAAAGUGUUGAUGCCCCCAGAUGCAAUCAAAGAGAAGUACACAGACUGGACAGAAUUUCUUAUACGUGAUUUGACUGGUUCACGGACAGCACCCGCCAAUUUACUGGAAGGUCCUCUGCGAGGGAAAGGCCCUAUAGACCUCAUUACAGUUGAUUCCUUAAUAGAACUUCAGGAUUCUCAGAACCCUUUUCAGUACUGGAUAGUUAGUGUGAUUGAAAAUGUUGGAGGAAGAUUACGCCUUCGCUAUGUGGGAUUGGAGGACACUGAAUCCUAUGACCAGUGGUUGUUUUACUUGGAUUACAGACUUCGACCUGUUGGUUGGUGUCAAGAGAAUAAAUACAGAAUGGACCCACCUUCCGAAAUCUAUCCUUUGAAGAUGGCAUCUGAAUGGAAAUGUGCUCUGGAAAAAUCCCUUUUUGAUGCUGCAAAGUUUCCUCUUCCAAUGGAAGUAUUCAAGGAUCAUGCAGAUUUGCGAAGCCAUUUCUUCACAGUUGGUAUGAAGCUAGAAACAGUGAAUAUGAGUGAGCCCUUUCAUAUCUGUCCUGCAUCAGUGACUAAGGUUUUUAACAAUCAUUUUUUUCAAGUGACUCUUGACGAUCUGAGACCAGAGCCUAGUAAACUCUCAAUGCUGUGUCAUGUGGAUUCUUUGGGGAUUUUGCCAGUACAAUGGUGCCUUAAAAAUGGAGUUAAUCUCACACCUCCCAAAGGUGACUAUUCUGUGACAUUUGGCAGGGAAGCUAUGUUAAACUGUCAUUCUGAGAUUGAGGAUUUGUCAACAUGGUUUUUGCAUUUGGAGUUAGUUACAUCAUUCAGUCGGGGUUUCACAAAGAACAUGAAACUCGAGGCUGUCAAUCCCAGGAACCCAGGAGAACUCUGCGUGGCCUCCAUCGUCAGCGUGAAGGGGAGGUUACUGUGGCUUCACCUGGAAGGUUUGCAGACUCCUGUUCCAGAGUUCAUUGUUGAUGUUGAAUCUAUGGAUAUCUUCCCUGUUGGCUGGUGUGAAGCAAAUUCUUAUCCCUUGACUACACCACACAAAACAGUUUCACAAAAGAAGAGAAAGAUCGCGGUCGUGCAACCAGAAAAACAAUUGCCGUCCACAGUGCCUGUUGAGAAAAUACCUCAAGACCUUUGUUCAUUCCCUCACCCGGACACUACAGGUCCUAUCAACGGGAAAUACUGCUGUCCUCAGCUUUUCAUCAACCACAGGUGUUUCUCAGGCCCUUACCUAAACAAAGGAAGAAUUGCAGAGCUACCUCAAUCGGUGGGACCAGGCAAAUGUGUACUGGUUCUUAAAGAGGUUCUUAGCAUGAUAAUCAAUGCAGCUUACAAACCAGGAAGGGUGUUAAGAGAGUUACAACUGGUGGAAGACCCACAGUGGAACUUUCAGGAGGAGACACUGAAGGCAAAGUACAGGGGCAAAACAUAUAGGGCAGUGGUUAAGAUUGUACGGACAUCGGACCAAGUAGCAGAUUUCUGCAGACGAGUUUGUGCCAAGCUAGAAUGUUGUCCAAAUUUGUUUAGCCCUAUGCUGGUUUCCGAAAACUGUCCAGAGAACUGCUCCAUUCAUACCAAAACCAAAUACACCUAUUACUAUGGAAAGAGAAAGAAGAUCAUUAAACCCCCAAUUGGUGAAAACAGCAUUGAAAGUGGGCACCCUAAACCAGCCAGACGUAGGAAACGACGAAAAUCCAUUUUUGUGCAGAAGAAACGGAGAUCUACUGUGGACUUCACCACAGGGUCAGGAGAGGAAAGUGAAGAAGAGGAUCCAGAUGUCAUGGAAGACGACACAGGAAGUGAGGAGACUGGCUCUGAGCUCCGAGAUGACCAGACGGACACGUCUUCCGUGGAGGCGCCUUCUGCCCGGCUCCGGAGGGCAGCCACCCUGAGGAGCAGCUCUGAGCCAGAACGACGCCCUCCUGUGGAGAGAACUCGGAGGGGCCGGAAAGCACAAACACCCUCUUUUACAGAGAAAGAUAAGUGCACACCUGCUAAACAAGAAGGCACUGAGGAAAUAAAACAAGAAGAGGAGGAGAGACUUGUUCUGGAGAGCAACCCACUAGAAUGGACGGUGACUGAUGUGGUCAGGUUUAUUAAACUGACAGACUGCGCCCCCUUGGCCAAAAUAUUUCAGGAACAGGACAUUGAUGGCCAGGCACUGCUCCUGCUGACUCUUCCUACCGUGCAGGAGUGCAUGGAGCUGAAGUUGGGGCCUGCCAUCAAGCUGUGCCAUCAGAUAGAGAGAGUAAAAGUGGCUUUCUACACCCAGUACGCCAACUGA